AUGAUCCAUUUAUUAAGAUUCCAAACAAUAGUUCUAGAUCGUAUGAUGGAAUCUUCCCGAUUGCAAAAUAUAUCCUUGAAUAAAAUCAAUUCUGAGAACAAGUCAUACAAAGUGCAUAAAUGGUCAGAAAUAAGAAGUCUACAAUCUAGCAAAAACAUUUGUGUUUUCUAUUCUCAUUUCAAAUAUUUAUUUUUUUUCAAAAUUAUGGAUGGCGCUGGUGGUAAUCCAGGUGAUGCAGGGGGCGGUUUUGAUCCAUGUGAAUGCAUCAAUAUGUUUCAAAUGAAUCAUGAACAUGCAAUGAACCGUUUGACGAACAUGCUUCGAAAUGCACAAACGACAUGUACUGAUACGGAAUGUUUCACUAGUCCAUUGCCUGGUCAACCGAAUACCGGUGAAGGUCAUGGUGAUACAGGAACAAUGAAUAUGUAUUUAAUGUUAGCUAUAUGGCUUGCUAUUGCUUUUCUACUUUUCAUCUUUCGUCCUCGUACGAUACGCAAUAAUCGUGAACCUCUCGGCAAACAGGAUAAUCAAGAUCGACGUCCUGAUAAUCAUCAAGAUCCUCCAGGACCUGAAGUGCACUGA